CCUUUCUUCGUGCCAAUCUCAAAACUAGACCCGCCGUCCCGUCCGUUUGUCUUUGGUUUCCUUGACCUCUUUCCCUCCCCCGAAACACUUCAUUUCUCCCCGCCUCCUCUCAACCAUACACACGAGUCACCAAGCUCUCACCAAAGUCUCUCGGCAAAGUGUGCCAUCAAUGCCUCGUGACGAAAUGGAAGAGCCUGGCCCUUUGGGUUCCAAACAACCAGGCGGCAAUCACCUACCGUAUCGGACUCACAAGGACCCCGCUGUGAAGGACAAGGCAAAUGGCGACUCUCCGUUUCCAAAAGCCUCCAAUAAUGAGCGCUGUCGCUCCGUGUCACCGCCGAGAUCCAGGUCACCAAGGCCCGAGACAGAUGUCAAGCGUACCGAGCCAGAAACCCCCAAGAAAGACACCGGCAUUGCCAAAGAGGGCGACAAAAUCACGGACGAUGCAACCCCUUCGACGUCCGACCAGCCUCAGACUUCUUCCGGCUACAAACACCCUUGGUCCACUCCUCCCGGAUAUCGAUCUGUUUCCAUGGACGAUGUGAGUCCACGAAAAAGGGAAAGGCUACGACGGAUCUAUGAGGAGAAUAAUUGGGAAACAGUCAUGCGACAAAAACGGUCGGAAAGAUUUCCAGAUUGGUUGUAUGAGUAGAAAGGGAUGUUUGGGGGUGAUUCCAAUGGGUUGGAGGAUGAAGCUCUCAAGUCGUCGCUUGAAACUCGUAGGGAAGGAUCGAGAGACAUCGUGGACUAGGGAAGGAUAGGAGAAGUAGCUAGCUCCCAGCAUGGAUCGAACUCGUUGCUCGCCACACUAGUGUCUUGCCGUUCGAUCGACGGAUGGACUACGUGUGUAUGUAGCGGGUUUGAGCGAAGGCCAGGAUCUUUUCCAUUGAAUCAGUUCCCACAAAUUGGC